UGGAGGCAAAAGGGGCUCCGGGCACAGCCCGGGAGGAGAGUGGCGCCGGGCAGCGCGGUGUGGCGGCGGCACGGGUGUGGACAGUUUACGGCAAUUUGCUGGGGCCGGGACGGACCCCAGCGCACCAGGUCCUGGCUUCAGCGCCCAGGACCGCGAAGAACAAACAAAAACUAUUGAUAUGUGAAUAAGGGGUGGGGAAUAUGGGCCACAUUGUCCAUAACUGGAAGGUGCGAUGGUUCAUCCUUCGGCAGAACACGCUGCUGUACUACAAACUCGAGGCAGGUCGGAAAGUGACCCCUCCCAAGGGCCGGAUCCUCCUGGAUGGCUGCACCAUCACCUGCCCCUGCCUGGAGUAUGAAAACCGGCCGCUCCUCAUUAAGCUGAAGACUCGAACUUCUGCAGAGUACUUCCUUGAGGCCUGUUCUCGAGAGGAGAGGGAUGCCUGGGCCUUUGAGAUAACGGGAGCUAUUCACGCUGGGCAGCCGGGGAAGGUCCAGCAGCUCCACAUACUGAGAAACUCCUUCAAGCUACCCCCUCACAUCAGCCUGCAUCGCGUUGUGGACAAGAUGCGUGACAGCAGCAGUGGGAUCCGGUCGAGCCCCAACACGGAGCAGGGAAGCACCUACAGAAAGACCUUCUUGGGCUCUUCGCUGGUGGACUGGCUCAUCUCCAGUGGCUUCGCAGCCAGCCGUCUGGAGGCAGUGACCCUGGGCUCUAUGCUGCUGGAGGAGAACUUCCUCAGGCCAGUGGGGGCUCGCAGCAUGGGUGCCAUCCGCUCCGGGGAUCUGGCUGAGCACUUCCUGGAUGAGUCCACGGCCCUGUACACUUUUGCUGAGAGCUACAGGAAGAAGGUAACUCCCAAGGAGGAGAUGAGUCUGAGCACCGUGGAGUUGAGCGGUGAGGUGGUCAAACAAGGCUAUCUUUCUAAGCAGGGGCACAAGAGGAAGAACUGGAAGGUGCGUCGUUUUGUGUUGAGGAAGGAGCCGGCUUUCCUGCAUUACUAUGACCCUUCCAAAGAAGAGAAUAGGCCAGUGGGUGGUUUUUCUCUUCGUGGUUCACUCGUGUCUGCUCUGGAGGAUAAUGGCGUUCCCAUGGGAGUUAAAGGAAAUGUCCAAGGAAAUCUCUUCAAAGUGAUUACAAAGGAUGACACACACUAUUAUAUCCAGGCCAGCAGCAAGGCUGAACGAGCAGAGUGGAUUGAAGCAAUCAAGAAGCUAACAUGACAAGGACCAAAAGGAGCAGGACCAGGACUCCUCCCUCCAAUGGGAUUUCCUGGAGAAUGGGUGUUAGGUACGACUUGGGCUAGGGAUGUCGCUAAGUGGUAGACUGCCUGCCUUGCAGGUGCAAAGCUGGGUUGAAUUCCCAGCACAUCAAAAAAAGACUUCUAAUGUAAAUUUUGCACUGCUUUGGAGUGAGACUACUGAAUAGUUCCUUGGAUGAUGCACAGCAGUGGUGCUAGGAUAGCCAUUAGGUCCCAGCAUCUCAACUGUUGCCCAUUGGGAUGGUCAGCCAUGUCUUUGGGCAACAGAGCCAAAUCCCUGUUAGAACACUAACACUGCCCAUGCUAUUUAAAUAAUUCAUCUGAGGGUGCUUCUCCGAAAUGUAACUUUUACUUCCACCUUUGGAAUAAAAUUUAACAUUUGUUUCU